AUGUCAUUAUCUAUGUUUAAGACUAAAUUAGUGAAAAUAUUAUCUAAUAUCCUCGAAUAUAUAUCAAAAUUCGGGAUUGAGUAUAUUAGCGCUUUUUCACUUCGAGGAUAUCAUACAGAAAAGAAACCAUAUAUCCCUUCAGAUGAUUUAAAUUGCCAGUAUUAUUCUCAUAAAGUAGCUUGUGAAAAAAUAUUACCUUUUUCAAGUUGGGAAACGUUAAUCCCAGAUAUACAUAUAGGCUUUAAUGAUUCUCAAUAUGAUUGGCGAUUUAUUGUGGAGAAAGCUAAUAAGUUGGGAGUUCUUGAAUGGAU